AUGGAGGAAGCAAAAGAAACUGCCCCCGUCCGCCGCGAUGCAAGGGCAGGAGUAUCACCCUACUCUUCGAACAACCCUAAAAAGGAAGAGCAAGAACAAGCCCUUCCUCCACCAUCUCCACCCCAACGAACCACCACGGAUGAACAGUUGAAGGAACGCCUUCGACCCACCAGGAGUCGAGUCAACGGAAGCAAUGCAGACACCGUACAUAACAGCAUCCGUGAUCAACCGAGCAUUGCUGAGCCCAUGGGUUUGGCUUCAUCGACGCACCAGAGUACUACCGGUAUGGGAGCGCCAACUCUUUCCGACGUAGCACUGCCAGAAUGGGGUUAG